AUGGCUUUGGAAAGGACGGGCCAUCGUACUUUGGAAAGCUUGCGAGAAUACCAGACACUGGAUGUAAACGAUACGAAACGUGUGUCCGAUGUUCUAAGUUAGUGUGUUAACAAUUCUGAGGUUUGUGAGAAACAGGAAACGCGUGUGUCCACUAAUAAUAGUUUUGAAGAGAAGAGUUCUGAAAUAAUGUUUGCUGAGUGUGAUGUAAGCGACAUUGUACUGACUCAGGCUAUGGAGUGUUACGAGAGAAAUUAGAAGGUCAAGCACAUGCAAAGUUCUUCAAGCAUUAACUUUGAUUUGAAUGAGUUUAUUUCCAAUUGUAAUAUCGGUAGUUUAAACGUGUAUAUUAAACAAUAAUGUAAGAUUAUUUGAGGUGUUUGAAUUAAAAGUUGUUGUGGUUUUGAACGCGUGUGUAUGUUGUUUUGACCUUAUAUGUAGAUCACAUUUGCAUGCCAGGUGAGAAAAAGCUAAUACUACCUCCUAUGAUGUCAUUGAAGGUUGUAUUAGUUCUAAUACGACCGCUAGAUUGUAUAAAGUAAUCGAAAUGAAGUAAUUUAGUUAUUAAAUUAACCUGAAAAGACAAAAGAAAUUGAGACAACUGUGAUAUUAUGUGUUUAAUAGACUUAUUAGGUGAUGCCAUGGUAACGUUUAUGGGUAAACAUCAGGCGUGUCUGCUCCAGGUUAGGUCUAAUAAAUGUAUAAAAUUUAUACACUUGAAAUUUUCUAUCUACAAAACCUUCAACAUUAUUUCAAUCGUAACAUACCAAAUAUUUUACAUGAUUCGGGCAACUCGAAUAUGGAACCGAUCUCGUUGUCGUUGAUUAACUUAAUUUGAAUGCGGAUAGUCUUUCGUCAUUUAAGUCGGCAAUGUUUAAGUACUAUAUGCCCUCUUUGUACUCGUGUUACAAUGUUGAGGAUCCUCGUAGUUAUAAAACUAUAUGUCCUAAGUGUUAUUCUGUUUGCACUGUCAAAACAUUGUUAUUGUGCUGUAUGUAUAGGAACUGUUGGUACUGUAUGUUCUUCGUUGUUCAAUAUAUACAUAUGUGUAUUGUUGUAAUUUAUUUAUUCGGGCCCGCAGUAAUUGACAAUUCAGACGCUGUUGCGGAUUCCCUGCCACUGUGUAAUAUGCACAAAGCGAAUUAAAUAAAUAAACUAAUCAGGUGAAAUGCCCCAAAACUCCUGAUAUAUUACGCAAUUGCAACCGUAUAUGCACGACGCUUUUUGCAUAAAAGCUAUUUAUUUGAUAAAUUGCAUUUAUAAAUUAUUCUGCAAAGUACAUCUUGCUUCAAAGUAAGUAAGUGCAAUAAGGCCAUCUUAUGUACAUGCAACAGUAGUGUUCAGUUGAUAAAGUUGAUACACAAAGAUAUCUGUACAUGUGGCCUUUAUUUGACCCGAUUUGAUAGGCUGUGUUUCAUUAUUUAUGAAUCUGAUGAUAGCUCAAAAUCGCAAGUAAGAAUGAGGAGUGCGACUACAUGUCGAAUAAGAUUCGUCAAAAUGCACGAUGAUAUAUAGUAUACCAUGAAAUUAUUGGGAAGGCCAAUAAACUCGUGGAAAAAACUCCUCACGUGGCUUUUCGUUCAAACAUCGUUUUGCUAUACACAUACAAUAUUGCUAUAGAAAAACCCGUUUUCUCAAGACAUAAAGAUUCCAGAUUCAUGCAGGAAUCCAAAUGCAAGGUUUAUGCUCGUUAUUGGUUGACAAUCUAAAUUUUUUCCAGAAGAAAUAGAAGAAACAGAGUCAGAAGAGUCAGAAAAGGAAGAAGAGACAGAGAGAGAAGAGACGAAAGAGACAACAGAUCUAACGAAAGAAUAUCUGGCUGAUGCAAGGGCAUAUAUUAACAAAAAUGGUGUCUCUGGCAUUGGAGAGUUUCUUAAAAAGAAACUUAAUGAAUGGAAAAACGUUAAAAUAAGAUUUGGUAUAACAGGCGAUAGUGGCACAGGAAAAUCAACCUUUAUCAAUGCAAUAAGAGGGUAAUAUUUUAAUGCUUUACCUUUCCAAAAAAAUUGGACUGUACCUUAGUUUUCAUCCAUACCCAUAUAUUAGCUUUUACUAAAAAGAAUAGAAAUAGAAAAGAAAGAAAGUCAGAACGAAAUAGUAUAACGGCUGACAUUUGCAAAAUAUUGGCGGGCUGAGUUAAGUAAUAAUGAUGGGCUGAGUUAAGUUUCUAGAACAUUACCACCCUUAUGUUGCAACUCAUAUUUUUGCAUUCACAUUCAUGCGAAUUUACUUAUAAUUUAUAGCCUACCAGUGUUACUAUGGUUGUAAAAUUACUGUUACAGAAUUUUUGCACAAUUAUUCAGUUAUAUCAUUCAAGGGCUUGAUUGUCCUAUGGGAGCAUGAUUGUCCCCUUGUGUGCUCUACUAAGACGAAAGGAAGCAAGAAUGAAAGGAAGGAAGAAGAUGGGUAUAGAUAAAGGCAAGAUAAAUAACUUGAUAAAUAAUUUUACGCAUAGUUUUCUUGUGUAGACUUAAAGAUAACGAAAAACAUGCAGCAAAAGUAGACGUUAUUGAAGCAACGAGAGAGCCAGCAGAAUACACAUAUCCUGACAACCCAAUGAUUACUCUCGUCGACCUACCCGGUAUCGGUACGCCAAACUAUCCUGAUCUUCGAACCUACUGUGCAAAGGUUCCCUUAGAGAAGUACGACACCUUCCUCAUUUUCACUGCUACUCGCUUUACACAAAACGACUUGGUAUUGGCAAAGAAAGUGAAAGACAUUGGCAAGUCGUUUUUUCUUAUUCGUACAAAGAUUGAUAACGACCUCCGGCCUUUACCAGGAAAAACCACUAUUGACGAAGACACAACAUUGUCAAGAAUCAGAAACAAAUGCAAGGAUCAGGUGAAAGGCUUGAUGUCCAGUGAGAAAGAAAUUUUCCUCAUUGGCAAUUAUGAAAAGGAAAAAUGGGACUUCGAUCGUCUGGUUAAAGCAAUCGGCAAAGCAUUGCCCGUUCUUCAGAGAGAGGUUUUAAUACUGUCUGUAUCAAAUUUAACGCGUGGGUGUUUAAAUAGAAAGGCAAUGUUUCUUAAAG